AUGAUCAUUUUUAAUUUUAGUACACCUGUAACUUGAAGCUCACUGUUCCUAUGUAACUUCUAAAAUUGUUGCCAAGUUAAAUCAUUUUGCUAAGUUCGUAUAUAUAAAGUUUUCAUAUAUUGAAAGCAUUUGUUUUAAAUAAAAAUAGCUAAGAUGCAGAACCAUUUAAAAGCUGUGGGCCUAUCCCUUUACCUAGUUAAUUACCUCGAGCAGCUGCAAAGUUACAUGUGCGCAAUUCCAGUUGUAACGCAAAAAUUUAAGAGCAAUAUUUUCAGUUCUCCAAGUAAAUUCAUAGAAGAUGCUUCGAGUUUUGUGUUUCUUGCUCGCGUUUCUGAGUUUAGUCUUUGCUACUAGAAAAAUUCUGAAAGUACCGAUUUCCGUAAGGAGAAGCUUCAAUGGAAGUGAAGUCUUCCUGGAAAGAAGUGCAGCCAAAGGAGGCGAAACACUUCAGCUGCUGCUACAGACUCACAACAAUAUGGAAUAUUAUGGGACAAUAGCCAUGGGAAGCCCUACGCAAAACUUUACAGUGAUCUUUGACACGGGAUCUUCGAAUACGUGGAUACCCUCUGUGAACUGUCCGAUGAGUAAUUCGGCUUGUCAAAAUCACCGCAAGUACAACUCUUCUCGAUCAAGUAGUUAUAUUCCUGAUGGAAGAAACUUCACGCUGCGAUAUGGAUCGGGAAAAGUGGUUGGCUAUCUAUCAAAGGACACCAUGCACAUUGCUGGAGCUGAGUUACCCUAUUUCACAUUCGGGGAAAGUCUGUUCCUUCAACACUUUCCCUUUGGUUCCGUAAAAUUCGAUGGACUAGUGGGCUUGGGCCUGGGAGUCUUGUCCUGGUCCAAUACGACACCAUUUGUGGAACUUCUGUGUGCACAGCGAUUGGUUGAGAAAUGCGUGUUUUCGGUUUACCUCCGUCGACAUCCUCGGGAGAUAAUCUUUGGAGGAUUUGAUGAAUCUAAGUUUGAAGGAAAACUGCACUAUGUGCCAGUCAGCCAAUGGCAUACGUGGAGUCUUCAGAUAGCCAAAACUUCAGUGGCAACUCAACAAAUUGGUGGAAAAAGUAAUGCGAUUUUGGACACGGGAACAUCACUGGUUCUGGUGCCCCAACAAACAUAUCAUAACCUGCUGAAUACCCUAUCAGCUAAGCUACAAAAUGGUUAUUUUGUGGUGGCAUGCAAAAGUGGAUCUCUGCCAAAUAUCAAUAUUCUCAUCGGUGAAAUGGUAUUUCCCCUAACAUCCAGCGAUUAUUUAAUGGAAGUGCUUUUGGAUCGUAAACCAGUCUGUGUGUUGGCCAUUGCUCCCAUUAACAGGGGAUUUUGGGUACUCGGCGAUAUCUUUUUGCGCCGAUACUAUACAGUUUUCGAUGCCACAGAAAAGAGGAUCGGAUUGGCUAAGGCCAAGUAAUUGAUAAGUACAGAAAGUAUAUACAUAUGUAUUACCUAUAGAUGUUAUAUUUAUUCUUAGACUGUAUGACAAAAAAUGACAGUUGCAUUAAAAGUAUAAGUCUAUGAUAUUAUUUUAAACAUUUUUAUUGUUUUUUAUUAAAACGAA